CGCCGUAGCUCGCCGACAUAUUGUUUGUGAGGAGCAAAUUCUCGGAGAGGCAAGAGCGUUGAGAUUUCAGCUUUGGUAUUACCAGUGCGUAUAUCAGUAAAGAAAUCACGAUGGAGCCCUCAGCGAGUCCUGCGAAGGAUAAUUUCAGGAUGAACCGCUACAAGAACAAAGCACUCAACCUGGAGGAGAUGCGUCGGAGGAGAGAGGAGGAAGGGAUUCAGUUGAGGAAACAGAAACGAGAGCAACAGCUAUUUAAGAGGAGAAACGUGGAGCUACUUGGUGAAGAAGGGGGAAUGAUUGACAGUCCUCUCAUGGACUCCGAUGUCACUUCCACCACAGCUGGAGAUGGAGUAAUUACAAGGGAUAUGGUUGAAAUGCUUUUCUCAGAAGAUCCUGAAAUGCAGCUGGUCACAACACAAAGGUUCAGAAAACUGCUUUCGAAAGAACCUAAUCCACCUAUUGAUGAAGUGAUCGGCACACCAGGUGUUGUGAACAGAUUUGUCGAGUUCCUUCAGAAAAGUACCAAUUGCACAUUACAGUUCGAGGCUGCUUGGGCACUGACCAACAUCGCAUCCGGAACAUCUCAGCAGACAAAGUUCGUUAUCGAGGCCGGUGCUGUACCCGUGUUUAUCGAGCUCCUCGACUCUGAGUUUGAAGAUGUUCAGGAACAGGCUGUUUGGGCUUUAGGAAACAUUGCCGGAGACAGUGCUGUGUGCAGAGAUUAUGUGUUAAACUGUAAUAUCCUUCCACCUCUGCUAAUGCUGCUGACCAGAUCCACUCGUCUCACAAUGACUAGGAAUGCUGUGUGGGCAUUGUCCAACCUCUGCAGAGGCAAGAGUCCAGCUCCAGACUUUGAGAAGGUGUCCCCGUGCUUGCCUGUGCUGUCCCGUCUGUUGUUCAGCAGCGACCCAGACCUGCUGGCUGAUGCUUGUUGGGCUUUGUCCUAUCUCUCAGAUGGACCUAAUGAAAAAAUCCAGGCAGUUAUUGAUUCAGGAGUUUGCAGGAGGCUGGUGGAACUACUUAUGCACUCAGAUUACAAGGUGGCCUCUCCCGCUCUGAGGGCUGUUGGAAACAUUGUGACAGGAGAUGAUAUUCAGACCCAGGUGGUGUUGAACUGCUCGGCUCUCCCUUGCCUGCUUCACCUGCUCAGCAGUGCCAAGGAGUCCAUCAGAAAAGAGGCCUGCUGGACCAUCUCCAACAUCACAGCAGGAAACCGAGGCCAGAUUCAGGCGGUAAUAGAUGCAAACAUCUUCCCUGUACUGAUAGAGAUCCUACAGAAAGCAGAGUUCCGCACCAGGAAGGAGGCAGCGUGGGCGAUCACUAAUGCCACGUCAGGUGGCACGCCCGAGCAGAUCAGGUAUCUGGUAAAUUUGGGCUGCAUUAAGCCUCUUUGUGAUCUCCUGACGGUCAUGGACUCUAAAAUCGUGCUGGUGUCUCUGAAUGGUCUGGAGAACAUCCUCAGACUGGGCGAACAGGAGGCCAAACAGAACGGCAGCGGCCUCAACCCGUACUGCAGUCUCAUCGAGGAGGCCUACGGGUUGGACAAAAUUGAGUUCUUACAGAGUCACGAGAAUCAGGAGAUUUACCAGAAAGCCUUCGACCUCAUUGAGCACUAUUUUGGAGUCGAGGAGGAAGAUGUCAAUCUGGCUCCACAGGUGGACGAGAACCAACAGCAGUUCCUGUUUCCACAGCAGGAAGCUCCCAUGGAGGGCUUCCAGCUAUAACCCCCCAUCAGACUCCUCCAAACCACCCCCUGACCUUUCCCUGCACUCCGUAUCGGUCCUGAAACGCAUGGCGCAACGGUUGACAUCCAAGCUAAUGAAAUCGCGACGCAGACUGAUUUAUGUACACUGAGGUGUUUCACGCAGAGGAACUGCCUCCUCACACCCAGCUUCAUGAGCUGGAUUUUAUUUUCCUUUUUCUUUCCCAACUCAAUGAUGCAGCUAAAUAACCAUCCCCUCAGGUAGAAUACGCGGCGCUGUGUCUUUUAUUUUUAGGAGAAGUAUGCUUCGGUUUUUCUGAAAGAUAAGACAGUUGUUUAGUCAUCCAAUCAAAAUCUGAAAAUCAUUUGUUCUUUUGAUCCUUUGAUCCUGGUUUGGUUCAUUUGAUUCUGGUUUCAUCAGUUUUGAGUUGUAGAAUUCAUUCUUUUUGUUCACUAUUCAUAUCUUGGUGAUUAAACAGGCCUGGUUUUGUUUGAUAUACAUGCUUAUGCUUUAUGGACGAAACUCUACGGUUGUUGUUGUUUUUGGUUGAGGAGUCGGACUCUUCAAAGGUUUUCUCAUGCGGUUUCAUUUCGCUUAUUUGUAUUCAUUGACAAAAUAAUUUCAGACCAUGUAGGGAAUCUUUUUGACGUGGUGGUGGGUUGUUGAAAUAAUCCAGGUGUUUAGUACAGUAAUGUCCUAACAUUAAGGCUCAACGUUUGGUGCGGUGAUUUAAAGGGAUAGUUCACCCAAAAAUUAAAUUUAUUUUAACAUUCACCCUCAUGUCAUUCCAAACUUGUAUGAGUUUCUUCUGCAGAACACAAAAAGAUAUUUUGAAGAAAGACACUCUACGCAAUUGACUUCCAUUGUAUGGACACCAAACCAUUUUUGAGACAGUGUCUUCUUUUGUGUUCCAUGGGAGAGAAAAAAUCAUACAGGUUUUGAAUAACAAAAGGGUGACAGAAUUUUUAUUUUUGGGUGAACAAUCCCUUUAACUAAUGAAUUAAUUUGGGUGAAUUAAUCCCUAUGUAGUGAAGAUAAUGCCCGGUUUUCUACCAGCAGAGGUGAAAUAUCUAGUUGUAGAAUGUUCGUGGUGUGCAGUGUUAUAAAUAAGUAUUCUUUUGAUCUAAAGGCUUUAAUUUUGAAAUGCGAUCUGGGGAAAUAAGCACAUAUCUGAGGGCCGAGAGCUGCACACGAUGGUCUUAAUUCUGCUCUUGGACUUUUUUCUCUCAUUAUCGUCAUUUGUUGGAGCACAUUGCUAUCGGUGGGGGGUUCUGGUAGUGUCAGCUGGUUGUUCAGCCCUCGGUAUGUGCAUGUUAGGGUUUUGCAUGGUGUUCUGUUGGUGUCCCUUGCCAUAUCUUUUGCUCAAAUUCAACAGUAAGCUGGAUCUCAUUUGCCAUUAACCAUUUAGUCAAGUAGUUCUGGAUUCUGUCGUUUUGCAGGUGCUGUAGGUAUGGCAAGGAAUACAUAUUUAAAUAAUAAGAAAUUAUAUGGGCAACAAAAUUAUAUAUAAAAGUUAUAUUUGCACACACGUUGUACACACAAAACCAGCAUACACUUCAUGAACAUGUACACGUACAGAGCAUAACGGCAAGAGCAAAAUGACUUUCGUAAUCUUCUUACAUUUGCAACUUUCAUACACCGAAAUGUUCAUGUUAGCUUGUUCUACCUUUUGGCACUUUGAGUUCAUGCACUAAAAGCCUAAAUUUAAAAGUUAAAAUGUCUGGAUUAAUUUCCCUGAGGAAAGGCUUGAUGCGGGACUGAAUAAUGACUGAGUUUUAAAAAGAGGGUGAGAGAAGUUUAAAUAUUAACCUCCCUCUCCAUAUAAAACUUGUAGUCUCUGAGGAAAUUUUAAACUGUGAGUAAACUUCAAAUGGAAUUAUGGAGUCAUUUUCCCUCUUCCUCCACAAUACACCGACUGAAAGGUGCUUCUCUGAGUAAGUGGGUGGGGCUUAUUUAAAAUGGGAGGGGCCUGCAUCCCCGAGAACAUAGUGAGACUAUUACUGACGGGUGAUGCGUGAGGAUGUGUAGAAAACGCUGUUCUGGCAGCCGGCACAUGUUCUUCAGAGGAGUGAGUUUCUGGUUUUGGUGCAGGUCUUUGUACUAGAAGUAUUUUUUUUCUUUGUAAAAUGUGGUUCCUCAUCAGUACUUCGAGAACCUUUUCGAAAUUGUAAGCGUUUUGAAAAUACCUCUCCACGAUCUGAUGUGUACUUUAACAGCAGUAUCAAGAUGUUCUCUAUACAGGGUUCUGUUUCUGUUCAUGCCCAAGUUCUGUGAUUUACUAGAUGACGUUCGUUGCGUUUACAGGAAAUCCAUCUCAGAACAAGGAUGCCACAGUCCGGCUUUGCUCACACCAGAGAAACAGGAAAAAUAAGACUGAGGAGAAACAGAACUAUGCUCUAAAAACUAAAAAAUCUAUAUAGUGGUCUACAAGACCACUGGGUGGGUUCAUAUCAAGUUCAAAAGCAAAGAAAUUAACUCUUAACGGAAAUGCACUCCUAUUCACAAAAGUGCCAAUCAGACCAACAAAGACAAGAGGCUGAUGCGUAUCGAUCUGUCUUUGAUUUUUUUCUUUUUUUAUUUACUUGAAUGUGCACAUGUUUUGUGCAAAUAUUGCUGCUCUGGUUUCUUGUCUUAUAAAUUAGAGGUUACGUUGUAUGCCACAGUUUCACUAAAGAUGUAACGACGGUCUGCUAUUUGUACACCAAAUUGGUAAAGUCAAGAUAAAGGUAUGAUGAUAACAAUGCCUCAUUUAUUGUGCUGGACUAAUUCAUACUUUUAACAAGUCCAAUGCAACAUUGAAAUGUUGUUUCCGUGUGUACCGCUUGCUUAACAUAUGUUCUCUUUUGAAAAUAGUUCUGUUGGUACAGAGGAACUGAGGAUGCAUAUGAUUGAAGGAAGAGCUCCAUAGUUUUUGUGUAUGUGGAUCUUUACGCUCCCCUUUAUGAGCGGUCUAGCUCACCAUGUAGACCCAGCUAUGCUGUGUUCCAAGUCUGGCUCCCCUCUGUGUAUAAACGUAGCACAACAACAAUCGAAUCUGUUCAGGCCUUUUUGCAGACCUUUUGCUCUCAAAGCCAACUUUGACACAAAUCUGGGUGUCAUACAAUCUGUGUACCUCUGUGACUUACAUUUAAACUAGAAAUUGAUGGAUUACAUUGCUACAUUGGCACAAUUUAAAGUGGCAGUCCUAGCACUGUUCUUUACUCAUUGAAAAUAACUUCUGAGAAGUGCAGAACACGACAUAUUUACAAAAAGGCCACAAACAAGUUGAAUUGGGUCUUUAUGGUCUUCCGUCCUAGAUCUUGUAGAUGUUGAAUUCUUGAGACUUUUUGUCUCUUCCAAAUCUAAAGCCAAUGCGUAAUGAUUGGCUGUGUCUAGUAAUGCUGACUCACCUGUUUACAAGGCUACAUGUUUGUUGAGUACUUUUCAUACAUUACUUGCCCAGGUGGAUAUUGUAUCCUGGUUUGGUAAUUUUGUUCCUUGUAAAUGUAUUUAUAUUUAAAUCUUUUUUCCGCCUCUACCUACAAUCGCCCAACUUAUACUGUGACUGACUUGACUUUACCUUACCGACGAUAUGAAUGGUGAUGGACAUACAAACGGAACAUGUCACACAAACAUAUACAUUAACAAUUCUGAACAAAUGUUGACGAAUUUUUUGUCCAGAUACAAAUAAAAAGAUUGAAAAAUGUA